AUGUCCCAGCUCCUGCAUGUGGAGAUCCCCAACUUUGGCAGCUCUGUGCUGGAGAGUCUGAACGAGCAGCGCCUGCAGGGCCAGUACUGUGAUGUGGCCGUCAUGGUCAACGGCCAGUCCUUUAAGGCCCACCGCGCCGUGCUGGCCGCCAGCAGCCUCUACUUCAGAGACCUGUUCAGCGGCAGCUCUCAGGGCAUGUUUGAACUACCCUCCUCGGUCACCCCGUCCUGCUUCCAGCAGAUCCUUUCCUUCUGCUACACGGGCAGGCUGACCAUGGCUGCCAGCGAACAGCUCGUGCUCAUGUACACGGCCGGCUACCUCCAGAUCCAGAACAUUGUGGAGCGCAGGAUGAAUCUCAUGCUAAAGGCCAACUCUCCACACUGCGAUUCCCAGACGGCCACCACCGAGGAUCUGGGCUUCGAACCGUCAAGCCCCAACUACAGCCAUCCGGCCCUGUUGCCAGGCGACACACUAAUGGCCACUUGUAGGAUUAAGCAGGAAAGAUGUGAGUCCCCAAUGAGUGAGGAGCACACAGCAAAGGGCCUCAAGGGCUACGCCACGAGGAGCAGUGCUCAAUGUUACAUGAGGGCAGGAGGGAGUGGUAUUGUACCCGGAGUACAGUCGUACCCUAUGGCCUCUGGGGAGCGCUCUAGCCCAGGGGCCUCCAGCCUCCCAGCCACUGACAGCCCCACUUCCCACCCCAACGAGGAGGAGUUUGAAGAGGAGUUCUACGGCAGCAGCAAUACAAACGGGGUUUAUGGGCAGAAUUAUGGGCACCCAACCAACUCCUACAGCAUGCAGGAUAAGUUGGACGUGUUGUCCCUACCUCUGGCCACUGAGAGGCGCUGUGUGCUGAUCGGCAGGGACACGAUGGCGCUGCCACCCAGUCUCAUCAGCCAGAUUGGCUACCGCUGCCACCCCACCCUGUACACAGAAGGGGAUCCCGGGGAGAAGGUGGAGCUGGUGGGAGGUUCUGGUGUAUAUAUGACUCGUGGCCAGUUGAUGAACUGUCAUUUGUGUGCUGGCAUUAAGCACAAAGUGCUGCUGCGUCGGCUGCUCGCCACCUUCUUUGACAGAAACACACUGGCCAAUAGCUGUGGAACUGGAAUUCGCUCCUCCACCAAUGAUCCCAGUCGAAAACCGUUGGACAACCGAGUCCUAAACACUGUCAAACUCUACUGUCAGAACUUUGCACCUAAUUUCAAAGAGAGUGAGAUGAACGUGAUUGCAGCCGACAUGUGCACAAACGCACGGCGUGUGCGAAAGCGCUGGCUGCCCAAGAUCCAGUCCAUGCUCCCGGAGACCAAGGAGAGCAGCAGAAGCUCCUGCAAGGGGCAGUCCAGGGCCUGUGCGUCAUCCCAGACAAGUGUGCUGUCGUCGGCCUUGCCCUUUGAAAUGGACUUCAGACAGCUGACGUCGUCCUACCUGACCCUAGAACAGCAGCUCUACGCCGAGAGCCGCAAAGAGACUCUCCUACCUCACCUGCAGUUUGUGGGAUCCACCAGGUCAGAGGAGGGGGCUGCAGCAGCAGAGCUGGCUGAGUCCGAGACAGAGCAUGGGCCUGAGCGAGGAGAACGAGGAGCCCAGGCAGGCCAAGGAACUGAACGCCUCUCUGAGUGCUUGGAGAGAGCAGCUGAGGUCCCCUCCCUCAGCACACAGGGUAAGGCUGGGGCCGGGGGCUCCCCCUCCUCCAAACACACAGGACAGCAGGAGGACAAGUUGCUAGGAGAUGACCAGUGA